CUUAAUUAUAUUAUCUAAAAUUAUCUUUAUCGAUAUAUCACUUGAGAACAGAUAUAAGUGUAUCUGAUUUCUGGAAAAAAAAAAUCUAGUCCGAAAGAAUUUUGUGAAGAAUCACAUUCCUGCUACUAAAAAUGAAGAAACACGAAUAUUCAGUUAUCAUCAAAAUACUACUUAUUUCUGUUGGCAAUCUCGUGACAGGCGCUCCGACAGAUGGUCUCAAAAUAUUCGGUGGGCAAGACGCGGCUCCUGGUCAAUUCCCCUACAUGGUCUCCAUUCAAAAUUGCAGGGAAUCGACCUGCAAACACGAAUGCGGCGGGUCGGUCCUGGCGCCAUCUUGGAUCAUCACCGCCGGCCAUUGCGCCUGCGAGGGGCCGCAAUGUCAGGUAGUGGCUGGCAUCCUGAACAUGUCGGAGACGAGCGAAUGGCGGCAAACCGUGGAGGUUGAGAAGGCCCACGUCCACGAGAAAUACUUGAAUUUCCUCGAUGCAUAUGACAUCUCCCUUCUCCAAUUGAAAGAACCGCUGACGUAUAAUGACAGGGUCCAGCCGAUACCUCUUCCCAAGUCCAACUGGAGUUAUUCCGGUGAAGCUGUGGUGUCAGGGUGGGGACGAAUCAAUGGAAACUAUGAUGCUAACAUUCCCGAUACUCUGCAGUUCCAAAAAUCUACUGUUCCCAAAAACGACGAAUGCAUGGACCUCAUCGCAGCCAGAAUGCACGGCCAAACAAACCCCUUCGACGUGACCAGAAACGUGUGCACCGACAACGCCGUACCGGACCGCGGCAUUUGCUCCGGAGACUCCGGGAGCCCCCUCGUCGCCGAGGGAGUUGUCAUCGGAUUGGCCUCGUGGGCAUUCACUCCCUGCGGACAGGCCAAAGCGCCAUCUGCCUUCACCAGAGUCAGUUACUUCGUCGAUUGGAUACACGAUCACAUGAACUCGACUGACUCAACCAUGUACUAGAUUCAUUAAAUACAACAUUUCUGAAGGUCACUUCCUUUUUUCAUGUCGAAACCAUCACACUUAAGUCCCGCCCAUUUGACUC